CCCAGAUUCAAUUCAAUCGCUCAACAGUCUGAACAAAUCAACUGCAACACCCGAUUAUACCUGAUCAUUCACAAUGCCUUCUCAGAACUCCGGUAACGCCUCUUCCGGCUCCAAGGGCUACAGUGUCACCAGCUCCGGUACCAACAGCCAGGGUAACCACUACUGCUCUCGUGACUACGGCUCUGGUGCUUCCAACCCCAACUCUUACCACUACUCCAACACCAACGGCUCCUACUACUACAGCAACCCGAACGGUUCUACGUACUACAACAACGGCAACGGCGGUUCGACCUACACCCGUGGCAAGUAGACGCUACUGGCGUAGACAGUUGCCUGUAUCGGCCCAGUAUGGGUUAUGGCUUAGUUUAAGCAUUUUCGAUAUCAGGAACGUGAAGAUGGGAUAGUGAACAGGUACUAUGAGUAAAAUGGAAUGUACAAAG